AUGACCUUUUCUCCUCCAACAAAGAAACAAAAAGUGUUUGGCAUCAAGCGCUCGGUGCCACGCCACACCGUCACCCCGAGGCAUCCACUCAACAUCAGACCGUCCGGUAACUCGCUCCUCCUUGACAGCAAAACCACGGCCCAAUGCGUCGACUUCAGACGGGCACAGCUUGGACACCUUUCUGGGUUCCCUGACGAGCUCAUAGUGGACUUUUUAUCCUACUUUGACAACCCGAAGGACCUCCUUGCGCUCAGUCACGUGUCGAAGUUGAUGUACUGCUACACAUACGACGAGGAGCUCUGGCGAAAGUUGUACAUCAAAAAGGCACUGCAGGAGGAAAAGGAACACCUCGAGCAGGGUCUUAUGGCUCCGAAGCUCCCGCUAGGUAUCCAGCACUGGAAGGGCUCGUGGAAGAAGACGCUUUUGGACUUGCCCUCGUACGUCAAGCACGAACAGGUGUUCCAGGUCCCCGAUAACCUCUUUUUCAGUGACACUCUAUUCCGAUCCUUCCAGUGUUCUACGAUUGACUAUGACACGGUUUUACGCAAUAUACUAGCGGAGGAGGAGCACAGCCAUCGUGCGGGCAAGAAUACCAACGAUAGGGGUCGCAUUCCGCGUCUCUCCGAAGCGUACAUGAACAGUGAUGCAUACAACGCCGAAUGGGUAACCAAGCCAUUCAUUCUCACUAAGGCAGACGCUAGGUGGCCUGAAUGGACAUUGGCAACGUUGGUGGAGAGGUUUCCAGACGUCCAGUUCCGACAGGAAGCCGUCAAGUGGCCGCUUUCGUUUUAUUCCGAGUACUUCAGGGAGAACCAUGACGAGUCACCGUUGUACCUCUUUGACUGCCAAUCCCCGGCUAUGACCGAACUUAUCCAGGAGUAUCGUGUUCCUGAGUGUUUCCAAUAUGAUUUAUUUACUGUUUUUGACGAAAUAGAUGGUGACAAAGCCAACAAGAAUCUGUCUGAUGCAUCUGAAACUAGCACCUUCGCCCUAAAGUGUCGCCCUGAUCACGCAUGGUUGAUUGUGGGCCCGGCCCGAAGUGGCUCCACCUUCCACAAGGACCCGAACCAUACGUCCGCCUGGAAUACAACCCUUUCCGGGCGCAAGUUAUGGGUCAUGUUGCCUCCGGAGUUUGCCCCACCGGGCGUGGGAACCGACACCGAUGAGAGCGAGGUGACGUCUCCGGUGGGCAUUGCGGAGUGGUUUAUCGGGGGCUUUUUCCAGGAUACGAUAAAGAUUUCCAACGAUUCCGGGAACUGUCUCAUCGGGGUCACGUAUCCUGGAGAGUGUAUCCACGUUCCAGCGGGUUGGUGGCAUUCUGUUAUCAAUAUUGACGACUGUGUGGCCUUGACCCACAACUUUGUUCCCCGGCCGCUGUUGGGAAAGGUGUUCAACUUCUUGAAAAACAAGAACCACCAGAUCUCCGGGUUCCGGCCCGCGGAUGUCAAGGCCAAGUUGGAGCGCGUGCUACAGAGGUAUGCCGGUGAAGAGGGUAAGGAGUCACCUCUAGGGCUCAGAUUGGUGCAGUUCCGUCGCUACCUCGAGGCCACCGAGCAAACGCAGACCGUGGGUCACCUUGAGGAGGAGGACUGCGGCGAGACCUUGAUGAACGGCCAGUGUUUGUUGAUGCCAGUGUUUGAGAUGUUUGAGCAAUUAUUGCUUGAUACGUCAAAUGAAGCGUUUGCCAAAGACAUGGGUCUGACCCUUGCGGCCGCGUAUGAAUCCUUGGGAGAGCUCGAGGCGGUGGAGAUGAAAAAGAAGUUGGCGAGUAGGGAAAUCGUGCGUAGCAAGAUGUGGGACGAAUUGACUGCUUCGAAGUUAGGUGUGGAGCAAGCCCCAGCGUUUAGCUUUGGUUUUGAGGAAAGCGACGAAGAAUGA